GUUUAUAAAUACAAGUUUACAAAUACAAAUAACCCCUAAGAUUAAAGAUUACGGAUUCGUACCGGGAAUAAAUAAUACAAGGAUCGUCCCCUUAACCGAAUGCGAACUCAACAUUCCCAAUCCACGAAUUACACUCCUGCAUUGUAAAUCCUCCUAGCUCGUUCCUCUAGGUUAAGCCUUCAGCUGAAUGUCUUUGUUUCUACGGAUGCGAAUCCGAUUGCAUAGCCAUGCGGCACAGCGGAAGAGAACUAUCCAUCAUCGCUAUAUCUACUAAAUAUAAAGUGCUAAGAUUUCCGACUCCUGUGGAAGGCUACACUUUCAAUGCGCUCAACCAAGAUAAAUCUAUUUAAUCUCAUAAUGUACUUUAGAGGCAAUCCUUUAGGCAGCCUGACCUUUUUUGCCUUGUCUGGGUUUAAGAGUGUGAAGACAAGCAGCGGGAUAGUCCAUGGCGGUCAGUGCAGCACAACCGACGUAAACUACUUCUACUCGAUUCCGUACGCGAAACCGCCUCUAGGCGAACUACGCUUUGCACCUCCAGAGCCCUACAAUAAUUCUCGCGGCGUGAUCAACGCCACGAUACCGGCACCAGCUUGCAUUCAGUUCUCGGGAUUAUUCGAUGAGAAGACUGCAACGAGCGAAGACUGUCUUUUCCUGGAUGUUUGGGCCCCGGUCUCUGCUACUCCUGAGUCAAAACUUCCCGUGAAGGUAUGGCUAUACGGAGGAAGCAAUGAAGGCGGUGGGAUUUCAAAUCCGACAUAUAAUGGCUGUUUCUCUGCUGCAGACUCCAUUGUCGUCUCUAUCAACUACCGCCUCGGUCCUUUGGGAUUCUUGGCCCUGUCGGAUCUUGGCCUCACCGGAAACUAUGGCAUCAUGGAUCAACUUCUUGGCCUACGCUGGGUGCAGGAGAACAUCGUAGGGUUCGGCGGUGAUCCGAAUAAAGUACUACUCUUUGGACAAUCCGCCGGCGCUAUUGACUCUUUCGUUCUUGCUACGUUACCGGAAGCACCAGGAUUAAUGCGAGCUGCUGCUUUAGAAUCUGGAGCUGGGAGAGAUAUAGCGACAGUGGCCGACGCGGGAAUAUGGUAUUCAGAGUUCCUUUACGCGAUGAACUGCACAAAUCAUGACUUGUCAUGUCUUCGAAGCGCCCAUGUCGAUAGACUCCAAGCCGCAGUGGCUGCGAUGCCAAGCACUAGCAUAAUGACCGUUAAUACGGCCCUCGUCAAUAAUGGCACAAGGUCAUCUUGGACCCCCGUGAUCGAUGGAAAGGUAAUCAAAGAGCAACCAUCAACUAUCGGAGUUAGGGUCCCUUCAAUAGUAGGAGCCACUACUAGGGAGGGCUCUAUAUUCGUCUUAGCUUCCUACGUCACAACCUGGAAGGGAAAAGCUCCUAGUCUAUCAGACUAUGAUGAUUUCCUAACCCUAAACUUUGGACCACUAGCGACACGAGUAAAUGAGACGUUUCCAUUAGCCUCUACCUUUAACGGUUCAACACUUACCGCUAUGGAGGCUAUUCUCACCCAGGUAUCAUACCAGUGUCCAUCAUACCGGGCUCUACAACUGGCAGAGAAGAAAGGGAUUCCUGUAUGGAGCUACCGAUUCGCUCACGAGCCUAGUUGCGCCUGGUUUGCCACGAUAGAGGCGGAUUGGAUACCUCGCCUAGGGGCAACGCACACGAGCGAGGUCCCAUUCGUGUUUAACUUUACCAGUGCGAUGCCACCCCCUAGCGGGAAUUGCACCUUCUCCAAAGCAGAGCAAGCAAUGGCCCAUGAGAUGAGUCGCGCGUGGACAAACAUGGCACAGAUGGGGAUGCCGGGUGACAAGAGUAUUUGGCCUGCCUGGACUUCGCACGAAAGCAAAGGCGUAGUACUCGAUGAUGCAAUGGAUGUUGGUGUGGUUGAUUAUGCUACUUGUGAUUUCUGGGGGGAAAUUAAUGAGGAUCUUAAUAAGUACUGGAGGUCGCAAUCAAGUCAUGCAUGAUGCUAUCUCUAUAAAAUAUGGUUAGGCUAAUUUUCGGUUCUUACCCCUCGACAUCAUUGAGGAUUAGGGGCUCAGCAGCGUCGAACACUUGUCUAAGAUAAUGUAUUUUGUCCAUAGAAUCAACCGCCGUGCCUUAAUUUAUUCCGCCACCUAGCUUAAUAUAAUAAUCUGGUAUCAGUAUAAAAUACUAUUCAUUGCGGAUAGAAUAGUGACGGCGAUGAACAAAACAAUCAACAUAGCCCGG